AUGGUCCUGCAGGCGCGGAACAAGCACCGGGAGGCGGCUCCCAAGCCGGCCCAUCCGCCCCGCGCCUCGCAGUCGCCGCUGAGGGGGGCGCCGGACCUCGGCGCCGGGGAGCCCGGGCCCGAGCGCGCGUCGCCGUCUCCCGGGCGCAAGGGCGCCGCGGGCAAGAAGGGGCCCCGCGCCGAGCCCGCCGCACCGCCCGCCCGGGCCGGCCUCGGGGGGCGCCUGGCGGCCGGGCUGCGCGGGGCGCUGGGCCUGCGGCGUGCGGGGCGCGGCCGGCCCUGGAGCACGCUCCUGCCAGCUGCCUUUGCAGCAGUGUUGCACUGGAGCCAUAUAACGCACCUCUUUGAAAAUGAUCGUCAUUUUUCUCACCUGUCAACAUUGGAAAGGGAGAUGGCUUUUCGCACUGAAAUGGGGCUUUAUUAUUCCUACUUCAAGACCAUUGUGGAAGCACCCUCAUUUUUGAGUGGAGUAUGGAUGAUUAUGAAUGAUAAACAGACUGAGCACCCCCUUGUUAUUAACACACUAAAGAGAUUCAAUCUUUACCCUGAGGUAAUCUUGGCCAGCUGGUACCGGGUUUAUACCCAAAUAAUGGACUUGAUUGGUAUUCAAACCAAGAUAUGUUGGACGGUUACCAGAGGAGAAGGGCUCAGUCCUAUUGAAAGCUGUGAAGGACUGGGAGACCCUGCUUGCUUUUAUGUUGCUGUAAUUUUUAUUUUAAAUGGACUAAUGAUGGCAUUAUUCUUCAUAUAUGGCACAUAUUUAAGCGGCAGCCGAUUGGGAGGCCUGGUUACAGUGUUGUGCUUCUUUUUCAAUCAUGGGGAGUGCACCCGUGUGAUGUGGACGCCACCGCUCCGUGAAAGCUUCUCAUACCCAUUCCUUGUACUUCAGAUGUUGCUUGUGACUCAUAUUCUCAGGGCAACAAAACUUUAUAGAGGAAGCUUGAUUGCACUCUGCAUUUCCAAUGUAUUUUUCAUGCUUCCGUGGCAGUUUGCUCAGUUUGUCCUUCUUACUCAGAUUGCAUCAUUAUUUGCAGUAUAUGUUGUGGGGUACAUUGAUAUAUGUAAAUUACGGAAGAUCAUUUACAUACACAUGAUUUCUCUUGCACUUUGUUUUGUUUUGAUGUUUGGGAACUCAAUGUUACUAACUUCUUAUUAUGCAUCCUCUUUGGUAAUUAUUUGGGGUAUUCUGGCAAUGAAACCACAUUUCCUGAAAAUAAAUGUAUCUGAACUUAGUUUAUGGGUUAUCCAAGGAUGUUUUUGGUUAUUUGGAACUGUCAUACUCAAAUAUUUGACAUCUAAAAUGUUUGGCAUUGCAGAUGAUGCUCAUAUUGGCAACUUACUAACAUCAAAAUUCUUCAGUUACAAGGAUUUCGAUACUUUAUUGUAUACCUGUGCAGCAGAGUUUGACUUUAUGGAAAAGGAGACUCCACUGAGAUAUACAAAGACAUUGUUGCUUCCGGUUGUUCUUGUAGUGUUUAUUGCAAUUGUGGGAAAGAUUAUUAGUGAUGUCUGGACUGUGUUAGCUAAGCAACAGACACAUGUAAGAAAACACCAGCUUGAUCAUGGAGAGCUGGUUUAUCAUGCUUUGCAACUGUUGGCGUAUACAGCCCUUGGUAUUUUAAUUAUGAGACUAAAACUCUUCUUGACACCACACAUGUGUGUUAUGGCUUCCUUGAUCUGCUCAAGACAGCUAUUUGGAUGGCUCUUUUGCAAAGUACAUCCUGGUGCUGUUGUUUUUGCUGUAUUAGCAGCAAUGUCAAUACAAGGUUCAGCAAAUCUACAAACCCAGUGGGAUAUCGUAGGGGAGUUCAGCAAUUUACCACAAGAAGAACUUAUAGAAUGGAUCAAAUAUAGUACUAAACCAGAUGCAGUGUUUGCUGGUGCCAUGCCCACGAUGGCAAGUGUCAAGCUCUCUGCACUUCGGCCCAUUGUGAAUCAUCCACAUUAUGAAGAUGCAGGCUUGAGAGCCAGAACGAAAAUAGUAUACUCAAUGUAUAGUCGGAAAGCAGCUGAAGAAGUGAAGCAAGAAUUGAUAAAGUUAAAAGUGAAUUACUACAUUCUGGAAGAGUCGUGGUGUAUAAGAAGAUCCAAACCUGGUUGCAGUAUGCCUGAAAUAUGGGAUGUGGAAGAUCCUGCUAAUGCUGGGAAAACUCCCUUAUGUAACCUCUUGGUGAAGGAUUCCAAGCCUCACUUUACCACUGUAUUCCAGAACAGUGUUUACAAAGUCCUUGAAGUUAUAAAAGAAUGAUUGCUACAUGAACUGUCGCCUACGGAGAACUACAUCAGUAACGGUUUUAAUGUUUCGCUAAUAAGUCAUGUGUAGUUUUUAACUCAAAUCUCAAAAACUUUUAUAGGCAGAUUAACCUCAUUGUGGAUUGUCCUUGAGACCUGUGUCCUCAGGGAUGGUUUCCGGUGCCCACUCCUGGGAGCCAGUGAAGAGCUGUUUUCUCUCUGCCUUCUUACCAGAGCCAAAAGGACAAGCCUGGUCUGGGGGAAGCACUAGCUUGCGUGUGUUAGUCAGCUGCAGAGACAGCACGUCCUCGGAGAGGAGCACCGUCCCCAACCCUGCCCCCGAGCCCGGGGCCAGCAUCUCCCAGAGAGUCCCCCUCCCUGGAGUCCGCCCAGGAGAGUGACUGUGUCAGUGUUCUUCAUGUUUGCGGUCACUCUUUCUCGCUUGCUGGUUGACUGUUUUAUUUCUUAGGCUUUUGCCAGCUUCAGAAAACAGGGAAGCAGCUGGGGAUUUGUGUAUUAGGAGUAACAUUUGAGCAGUGAUGCAGCAAUCCAUAUAAAUGGGAAUAGAACACUCGAGGCUGAGGAGGGUGAGAGUGGACUUGGUGGCAGGAGGGCAGGUGUGAUCUGCUUCCUGUGCAAUUGUUUCCAACCCAAGUGCGGCUGAUAUUGUACAUCCAGCAGCUACAUUUUUAAAAAUCAUACUUUUAACGUUAUUCUCUAUUCUUCCCACCCUCCAAUAAUAAGUUCACAUAUAAUGAUUGGAAAUUCUGUACAGGAAGAAAGUAUUAAAAUAUUGUUAGAACUGUUUCAUAUGUUGGGAAACAUUAAAAGUGGUCUAAAUUAGUUUUUUCCAGAAGAAUCCUUUUGUAACAGCAUUUAUUAAUGUACCUCCACCAGCAGGCUCUGAUUAUAUUUUGGGUGAGCCCAGUUAGAACGGAGGCCUUGAGGGUGCACUGGCAGCAGCAGCCUGUGCUGUGGGGUGUGAAUAUCUUUGAUGGCAACGUGGAGCAGAAGUAGGUUCCACAUACAUGACAAAACAGUGUUACAGCUCAGUAUUUUACAUAUUUUUAGUAUUUAAAGAUAUUUUUGAUUUAGUGUGAGGAAAGCAAGGAUGGGCAAAGAGGUGACAGAAAUAGCUAUUGCUGUGACAUUAGAAAAAAUAAAGUUGGGGCAGUAUUUCUAAAAAAAAGAAAAGCCUCUCAAAAUGCUUGGCAGAAAAACGUAGUGUUAAAAUAGGCCAAUGAUGUUAAGGAGAAAAUAAUAAAGUGAUAUUGCAUAGGUGUAUGUAUUUUUAUGAAUU